CUUAUGGUGUCAGGUAACGUUAAGGAAUAACUCAAACACGUUCCAAUAUGAGUGUUAACACUUGCACGAGUAUUUCAGGCUCGAAAAUACCGGAAAAUGCAACAAUAGUUUUCGACUGGGAUAACACUUUAAAAAUGUAUAACAAACAAACUAGGUCAAUAUCUAGUAGGGUGGAAAAGUCGUUUUUGGAGAAAUUAAAAAAUGAAAUGAACUGUCGGAUGUACAUCAUAAGUGCGAUAUCUCCAUCAAGAAUAAAUUUGGACACAAUAUUGUUUGAAGUGGGAAAACUCGGUCUGUUAGAUAUAUUUGUUGACCUUAAAGAUACACCUGAGAUUGUUAGAGGGAAGUACGCAAGAAAGGGGAGAGUAAUCAUUUGUGGCUAUGAUAAGGCUGAAACUUUCCUAGAACUUAGCGGUUAUGGACGUGAACUAGGUGGAACAGAACGUGACGAUGAAGUCGCUACGGUGGAAGAUGACGCAUUCUCAGACCUUGAAUGUGAUGGCGUAGAAGACGAAGCUGACUUUGUAGAUAUGGUUGUUAAUAAAGACCAACAUGGCCUAUCAGCUUCAAGUGAGCCAAGAGGAGGUAGUGUGCUGUUCUUUGAUGAUGAAGAAGUGAAUAUUACAAAUUUUAGUUCAUUGGUACCAGGGAGCAUUUGUUAUUUAGUGAAGUAACUAUAUAUAACAUUUCGUUAUCGCAUUUGACACGUUUACAUUACCAACUAGUAUGUUUAUAGACGUGUAUGAUUUUUCAUUCCUAGUCAUUUAUGUUAUAUUAUUACAAUUUGAGAACGAUAUAGUGAGGGCAAGCUUAACACGAUAAGCUGUUCAUAUAUGUUCAAUGACACUGGGCAUUAUACUGUUGAACUGUAUAGGUAGUUCAUUGGACGUUGUCAUCGGUCAGACUGGUCAACUGUUAAGAAAUUACUGCAUUGAAUUAAAAACUGUGUGAAAAGACUGAGAUAGUCUUUAUAUCUUCCACAAUGAAGAGACGGCAUAAAGAGUAUUCAACACACAAUAAAAAGAACUGUAUUCAUGUUAAUGAAAUACAAGCAAUCAUAUAAAAUAAUUGAAUUUUAUAUACAAUCAAAGAAAUACACAUCAAUAUAUCAUGGAACUAUUAAAAAAAAAAUAUCGAAGUCUAUUUAUAAUAACAUAUCAAUACCGUGUAGAAAACAAUUUUAAUGACACAUAGUUCCUUCAUGGUUAUAGGGUGCAUCGCUUUAUUGUUUAGACCCCAUUCAUUUAAAAUGAAAUAAGUUCGAAGUACAGCACAUUAAAAUAAAUUCGAUAAGAUCGUUAUAUUGAUUGUACAGUGCUUCCGAGAUGUGUAUGUUUUCUAUGCAUCAUUUAUGAACCACCAUCUUGGCGAUCGAUUGAAGUUGCUUUUUCAUUGAACGCGAUAACAAUAAUAUUUAGGCUGUUCUCAUAGCGAUCAGCGUUUGUAUUCUGUGAGCAAGUGCCCAUCAUGGAGACCUUCUAACAGCACCAUGUCGUCUUAUUCAGUUGUUAAUACCAUCAAAACCACACGAGUUGUUGUCCUUGUAAGUUUCAAGGGCUGACACAGUAUCAUGUUCUGAUUUAAUAAUAUCACUGUUUUCCGCUUAUGCUAUGGUGUUAUUUAUUUUCUUUAGUUCUGUUUUGACAUUUUCUAGUCUGAAGGUGUAUUUUAUACAGGCUUUCAAAGUAUCGCACCCAUCCAACCAAAUUCGCGGUGGGUAGCGCCAA